GGUCCAUUACAAUUGGAAUUAAAGAUGGCGGAAGGAAUGGAUGUUGAUCCUGCUCCUGCUGUCGUUCGAGACAAGAAGCGUUUUGAAGUCAAAAAGUGGAGUGCAGUGGCUCUUUGGUCCUGGGAUAUUGUUGUUGAUAACUGUGCAAUUUGUCGCAAUCAUAUUAUGGACUUAUGUAUAGAGUGUCAGGCUAACCAAGCCUCAGCAACCAGUGAGGAGUGCACUGUUGCAUGGGGCGUGUGUAACCACGCCUUUCACUUUCACUGCAUAUCAAGAUGGCUCAAGACCAGACAAGUCUGCCCCCUUGACAACAGAGAAUGGGAAUUUCACAAGUAUGGUCGGUGAGAGAAGCAGACAGGGAAAAAUACAAGAAAAUAAUUUCAUUGAAAUUAAGCCAUCAAAAACAACAAAAUGUUAUUAAUAGUAAUAAUUAUUAUUACACAAUAUUAAUAAUAAAAAUAAUAACAAUACAAAAUAAUGUUUUGAUUAUGUGCAUCAUGUAUUA